UACAAACACUCUUAUAUUUAUACUCUCAUACAUUCCAGUCUUAAAACUGCAUUAUAUCAUCUCACUCUUCACCUUUUUCUCUCUGAGUGAGGAUUUCCUGCCAAAGGAUUAGAUAAUAGACCAUGAAAUCCAUCAAGAUUUUCAUAUGUUUUAUUACACUUUUGUUCACAUACACUCAAGCAGCAACACCAGCCAAAUCACCACCAGCACCACCAACCAUUGUCUUAACCCCAACUCCAGCGCCAGCUCCAGCACCAGACUACGUAAACCUUACUGACCUUUUAAGCGUGGCUGGCCCGUUCUCGACUUUCCUUAAAUACUUACAAACAACCAAAGUCAUUGAAACUUUACAAAACCAAGCCAACAACACCGAAGAAGGCAUCACGCUUUUUGUACCAAAAGACAAGGCAUUUACCAACCUCAAAAAACCAUCACUCUCUAACCUCACUAGUGAUCAACUCAAACAACUAUGUCUAUUCCACGCGCUUCCACAUUACUAUUCGCUAUCCGACUUCAAGAACCUUAGUGGGUCCGGACCCGUUAACACACUUGCAGGAGGAUCAUACACAUUGAACUUUACUGAUGAAUCUGGGACCGUGCACAUUGGGUCCGGUUGGACUAAUACAGAAGUUAGUAGCAGUGUGCAUUCUACAGACCCUGUUGCAAUUUACCAAGUGAAUAGGGUGUUGCUACCUGAAGCCAUUUUUGGAACUGAUAUUCCACCUCCAGCACCUGCGCCAGCGCCGGUUCCAGAUAUUGCUCCAGUGUCAGAUGCCCCUGAUGCGGACGAUAGAAAAGGUAAGCCAGCAAAGGCAUCAGCUCCUUCAGGCUCAUGCCGGGUCAUCGGGUGGAGCAUGUGGCAGUUGUUUAUGGUGGUGGCGAUUUCAAGUGGAUUUAUGCUGGUGUUGUAAGAUACAGAAAUUGGGAUGUUUGAAUGAAGCUAUUGAGAAUUCAAUUUAAUUUGCAAAAAAAGGUGGGAAAAAAAAGAGGCUAUUCUUUUGAUAUGAUAUUUAUGUAUUUCAUUGAUUGAUAUUGAAAUGUGUAAGAAAAAUUUGAGGUGUUUUUGCUGUAUAAUUUUUAUUUGGUGUAGUAGAAGAAUUCAAUUCUUGCUUA